AAGAUGGCCUGAAAAUAGACAUGUACUGUAGUGUAGUUACUAGUAAUUAUUGUAGUGGAUAUGCAUGAAUCAUGAUAUAUAUAGAGAGAGAGAGUACCAGAUAUAAUGAAACAAAACAAAACAAACGGCAGUCAUAUUAUAUCAUAUCAGAGGAAAGUGGAGUGAAGUGAAGUAGGUUCAUUGUUUAUGAAGGGGGGUUCGGGUUUGAGUUCUAUGAAUAAUGGAUUAGCAAUACAUGUUGGGGAUGUAGAAGAAGAAGAUGAAACGGCGGCGCCGUUAUUACAUCACCUGCGGCGGUCAACAUCCAACACAACUUCACAGAUUGCCAUCGUUGGUUCCAAUCCUUGCCCUAUCGAAAGUCUCGACUAUGAGAUUAUAGAGAAUGAUGUCUUCAAGCAAGAUUGGCGCAGCAGAAGUAAGGUUCAGAUAUUCCAGUACACAUCUUUGAAAUGGAUCCUUUGUUUUCUCAUCGGUCUUGUGGUAAGUCUUAUUGGCUUCUUCAACAACCUAGCCAUUGAGAACAUCGCCGGUGUGAAGUUUGUGAUCACCUCCAACAUGAUGUUCGCAAACAGAUACUUGGCUGCAUUUCUCAUAUUUGCAGCUGCAAACUUAGGCCUUACCUUGUUUGCUUGUCUGAUAACAACUUUAAUAGCACCAGAGACUGCUGGAUCGGGCAUACCUGAAGUUAAAGCCUACUUAAAUGGGGUUGAUGCUCCUGACAUAUUCUCGUUUAGAACGUUGCUAGUGAAGAUUGUUGGCAGCAUUGCUGCUGUGUCAUCAUCUCUCAAUGUCGGGAAGGCCGGGCCCAUGGUGCAUACUGGUGCAUGCAUUGCAGCUCUAACAUGUCAGGGUGGAUCGAAGAAAUAUGGAUUGACGUGGAGAUGGUUCAGAUUUUUUAAUAAUGAUAGAGAUCGACGUGAUCUUGUAACUUGUGGAUCAGCUGCUGGAAUUGCUGCUGCUUUUCGUGCCCCAGUUGGUGGAGUUCUUUUUGCUCUAGAAGAAAUGGCAUCUUGGUGGAGAAGUGCCCUUUUGUGGAGAGCUUUCUUUUCAACCGCCAUUGUUGCAAUUUUGCUUCGGGGUUUGACUGAUAUGUGCUUGAGUGGAAAAUGUGGAUUGUUCGGAACUGGGGGUUUGAUAAUGUUUGAUGUUACCUCAGCAGACUUAAGCUAUCAUCUUGUAGAUGUACCUCCGGUUCUUCUUCUAGGGGUCAUUGGAGGCAUUGCAGGGGGUUUGUACAAUUUUCUCCUGGGCAAAGUUCUCCGACUUUACAAUCGUAUAAACGAGAAAGGCACUGCUUGUAAAGUACUCCUUGCUUGCACAGUUUCCAUAGUCACUUCAUGUCUCUUAUUUGGAUUACCAUGGUUUGCACCUUGCCGAGAUUGUCCAACCGAUGCAUCUGAACCGUGUCCGACUAUCGGCCGUUCUGGCAAUUACAAGAAGUUUCAGUGUGAACCUGAUCAAUACAAUGAACUAGCAAGUCUUUUCUUCAACACAAAUGAUGAUGCAAUUAAAAAUCUAUUUAGUAAAGACACAGAUACAGAGUUUCACCCCUUAUCAGUUCUAAUGUUCUUUAUCACCUGCUUUUUUCUCAGCAUAUUUAGUUACGGGAUCGUGGCUCCUGUGGGUCUCUUCAUUCCCGUAAUCGUGACUGGUGCAUCUUAUGGGCGUCUUGUUGGGCUGUUAAUUGGUUCAAGCUCUAAUCUAAACCAUGGGCUAUUUGCCGUUUUGGGUGCUGCUUCACUUCUUGGUGGAUCAAUGAGGAUGACUGUUUCACUAUGUGUUAUUCUCCUAGAAUUAACCAAUAACUUACUGCUGCUACCGCUUAUAAUGCUUGUACUUCUUGUUUCUAAAACAGUGGCUGAUGCUUUUAAUGGGAAUAUUUAUGACCAGAUAAUGAAAUUAAAAGGGUUUCCUUAUUUAGAAACACAUGCUGAACCGUAUAUGAGGCAGCUAACUGUUAGUGAUGUAGUCUCAGGCCCACUUCGUGUUUUUAAUGGUGUUGAGCUCGUGGCUAACAUUGUGCAUGUUCUUAGAACGUCGGGUCACAAUGGGUUUCCAGUAGUUGAAGAGCCUCCACAUUCUGAAGCUCCUAUCUUAUAUGGUUUGAUUCUACGGUCUCAUCUUAUCACGUUACUAAAGAAGAAAGAUUUCUUGCUUACUCCAAUUCCCACUGUUGUGGAUGCUGUAGAGCAUUUUUCAUCAAGUGAUUUUGCAAAGCAGGGUCUUGGAAAAGCAGAUCAGAUUGAAGACAUAGAACUGACAGAAGAAGAUAUGCAGAUGUUUAUUGACUUGCAUCCUUUCACGAAUGCUUCACCUUAUACUGUUGUUGAAACCAUGUCAUUGGCCAAGGCUCUUACACUUUUCAGGGGUGUUGGUUUACGACACCUUUUAGUGGUGCCUAAGACUUCCGGGAGACUGCCUGUUGUUGGUAUAUUGACAAGACAUGAUUUCAUGCCAGAACAUAUACUUGGUUUGCAUCCAAUGUUGGCAAGAAGCAAAUGGAAAAGAUUACGAUUCAAGUUCCCGCUUUGGAACAAAAUCUUUUAGUAAGUUUCUACAUUUAUAUAUACUCCGUCUUCCAUUAGAUGAGCAGUGAAGAUCGUUUCUCUACCAAGGUAUUCUUGCAGUUUAUUCUACCCAAUAGUUCGGUCAAUUAUAUCUGGUAUAUAUGAACUUUAUAUUUUUCCACCAAGAGUACAAUAUCUUAGAUUACAUGUUUAUAUUAUAUACAUUCAACCAAAUCAUGUAUCAGCUCUUUCAGUUUUAAGCAUGGUCAUAUCAGUUGAUUCUUGGUACU